UAAUAUCGAGAUGACGGCCACAGUCACAGAGAUUCAGCGGACGAGUUGCUCUCGUACAAUGUUUCAUUCAUAAACAAGUGGAAACUGUUAAUUGUCACACCUGAUUGAAGCUACAACAUGGAUACAGAAGAUAGCACUCUUACAGAAGUCGAUCUAGAAGAAGGAGCAUCCACAGCACUGAUAGAGAAUAGAAAUGGCAACAACAACAACACCAAUACAGAUGUGCCAGAUAGUGUUAACGGCAACUCUAAAGUGCUCAAGAGAUUGGAGACGGUACCUGAUAUCAAGAGAGAUACAUCCGGGAUUACUACACAGUACAUCACAGCUGGUAUAGUAAAUCUGGGCGCAUUUGCAGCCGGCGUGUGCAUAGCGUGGUCAUCAUCAGCUCUGUUAAAUACCACUCAUGAGAUAUACACAGAUCAGGAAUCCGAUGUGACAAGAAAUCAAACAGACCCGCAUCCAAAACUUAUGCUAAGUUCUCUAGAGGCCUCAUGGGUGUCGUCUCUACUCUGUCUGGGCGCGGUGUGGGGCGCCGUGCCCACAGGACUCAUCUCUGAGAACUUCGGAAGGAAAAAGACUCUCUUAUACCUCGCACUACCACUUCUUGUCUCGUGGAUAUUAGUUGCAUCAAGUCCCAACGUGUACGGUCUGUACGUGGGGCGGUUCGUGGGCGGCGUGGCGGUGGGCGCCUUCAGCGUGGGCAUCCCGCCCUACAUCGAGGACAUCGCGGAGCCCCAGCUGCUGCCCGCACUCGCUAACUUCUACCACGUCCAUCUCUCCUGCGGUGUGCUUUUCGGUUACAUCUGUGGCUUGGCCAACAGUACAUCAUGGCUGUGUUUCUUAUCCGCCAGUGUUCCAGUCGCUUUCUUCGUGGCUUUCAUAUUUAUUCCCGAAUCACCAGCUUAUUUGCUAUCACAAGGGAAAAACAGCGAAGCCAAAGCUGCUUUACAAUACUUUAGAGGAAUCGAUAAUGACGUGAAAGCAGAAAUAAAAGCACUGAAAGAACAUACAUUGAACUACGCAAAGAAUAGAGUAACAUUUAAAGAAUUAUUCACUACAAGAACAAAUGUUAAGGCUUUAGUAGUGUCGUUUGGUUUAAUGAUUUUCCAGCAAUUAAGUGGAAUUUACCCAGUUUUAUUUUACGCGGAGAAAUUAUUCAAAACAUUUUCUAUUUCUUUAACUCCUCCAGGUGCUUCAAUUAUCCUCGGAUUCUGUCUCGUAUCUUCUACUUACUUCUCGACGAUGUUGCUAAAGAAAGUUAGAAGACGUGUUUUACUUCUUUUUUCGUUUUUAAUGAUGUCGAUUAGUUUAGGUAGUCUGGGUUUGUAUUACCAUUUCAAAGCAUCUGACGUCUCUAUAAAUAGUACGUGGAUACCGCUCUUCACCCUGUGCACUUUCGUGAGUGUGUACGCGGCAGGAGUUGGUCCCAUACCCUGGCUGAUGCUGCGAGAGAUAUUCCCCCCGCAUGUGACUAGAAGAGCUACCGCGAUUACAGUCGGCUUCCACUGGUUCCUCGCAUUUGGGGUUACCAAACUUUACCAGAAUCUGGUGAAUAUGGUCCAUCCUGGAUGGGCGCUGUGGCAUUUUGCAGUUAGUAGUAUAGUUGGUGCUAUUUUCGUAUAUUUCUUUGUACCGGAAACGAAAGGUAAGAGUUUGGAAGAUAUUCAGAAUGAGUUCGAUGGUAUCCAUAAAGGAAAGAAGCAUAGACAUGUUAUAGAAUUAGAAAGUAUAUCUGAGGGUUGAAAUUACGUAGUUUGUAUGUAAAUAGUAUAGGAAUAGAAUCAGUAUUUUAACAAGAAUUAAUAAAAUUCUUUUGGCCGUUGAAUUUGAGUUUAGUGCACCAGUUUUAGGAUUACUUAGAAAUUGUAAACAGACUGUGGUUAGUUUAGUGGUAUUUCGCUUUUAUAAUUAAUUAUUUAUUUAAGUUAAAUAAAUCUAGAUUUUAAUUAUACAGA